AUGGGCCAGGAAAAUUUACUGAGAGAGACCAGACCAGGCCAGGUCGGAGCUUUUGGACCGGCUAACUGGCGUCUCUGUAAAUUAGGGACAAGAAGAAUAAAUUUUUUUGAAUAA